AUUAUGGUGGGUCGGAUUUAUAUCCUCACUUCGAUAUUUUCAUAGACCGGUACCUGCUUUGAAUGAUGGGAAAUCGGACAUCGGGAAUCAAAUUGCCAUUCCAGGUCGAAGGAGCUUGUUGCCUCAAGCCAUCCUACCGGUAUGACCAUUGAAAGUCGUUAUACAUGUGUUAUCUAUCCAGGUUUAUAUCCAUAUAAGUCUUACAGUAAGUAAUUCAGUAUAAAUAUAGGUAUAGGUAUCGGUAUACAGAAUCAAACUCAAUACAUUCAGUACUCCCUUCUUCGACAUAGAUAGUUCUAGCUCUAGCUCUACCAAAUCAUACAAUUUCCUUCACAAUGACCUCCGAGAAGCAAAUCCCCGUCCUAAUCAUAGGCGGAGGUAUAGUAGGUCUAUCUGCAUCGCUCUUCCUAUCACAACAUGGAAUCAAGUCUCUCCUCAUUGAGCGCCACUCAGGAACAUCCAUCCAUCUACGAGCUCGAUCCGUCAAUGCCCGAACUAUGGAAGUCUACCGUGGUCUCGGGAUUGGUGAACUUGUUCGAGAAGCUGGUGCUUCAAUAAAAGCUACUAUUGGUAUACAUAGAGGACAAUCACUUAAAGAAGUGAUAGAAGCAAAGAAACGAAUUGAAGGUCCUAGGAAGUUUCCUUUCACUGGUUUCUUGGAUUCGGUCAGUCCAGUGAGGGGAACAUUUGUGACUCAGGAUAUGCUCGAACCAGUCUUGGUAGAUGUGGCAAGGGAACGUGGGGGUAAUUUGAAGUUUUACACGGAAUUUGUUGGCAUCGAGCAAGAUGAUGAUGGCGUUACAGCUACAUUGAAAGAUCGAGAGACUGGCGCCGUCUCCUGUGUUAGUGCCGAGUACUUGAUAACCGCUGAUGGGGCAGGAAGUCCUAUCCGGAAUCAACUCAAUGUCCCAAUAUCCGGACAGGGUACAAUGGGAUAUCUACUCAACAUCCUUUUCCGCGCAGAUCUCAAACCCCUAGUACACAAACGAGAGUUUUCCAUCUGUAUGAUUGAACGUCCUGAAGUCAGCGGCGCAUUCACAUCUAUCAACAAUAACGACCGCUGGGUCUUCCAUCCCUCGUAUGAUCCCUUAAAAGGCGAAAGAGCUUCAGACUUUACUCCUGAGAAAUGUAAUGAGUUGCUACGUAUUGCACUAGGAAUCCCCAGUAUCGAAAUCGACAUUAAGAGUAUUCUCCCCUGGGAAGCAUCUGUACGAAUAGCAGACCAACUACGACAUGGACGUAUCUUUCUCGCAGGCGAUGCAGCACACCAAAUGCCUCCAUGGGGAGGACAAGGCGCAAACACGGGUAUCACAGACGUCCACAACCUAGCGUGGAAACUCGCUCUAGUUCUCAACAAGCAAGCGAGCCAAAAACUCCUAGAAACAUAUAAUACAGAACGACAACCUGUAGGCAAAACAGCAGCAAAUAUAUCAGCAAGUGGAUCCGAUAAACGAGGAAUGAUCUCAAUGAAUCUCUGGAACCUAGCUGUUAUAUGGAGAUUUUAUAAGAGAAUAGCUCUCUUCAGGCCACAGAUAUACAUAUACCAGUAACGCAGUAUGCGCUGAGGAUACCUCCUCUCCACUCAACAGCUACACAUAGAAACCCUAGACAAUAUCCAGUCUCUUCUUCUCACUCGGUAAAAGACCAAGUAGUAAAAUAACCCACCUAUGGACCACAUAUUAAAGAACCCAUAUCUCGACUCUCGAUCUAUGCCAAGGGAAUAAGUUCAUUCUCCUCACAGGCGCAAAAGGAAAACACUGGAUCGAAGCCGCGAAAACGCUAGCAGAAACAUGCGAUAUUCAUAAGAUUAUAUCAGUCUAUAGUACAGGAGAAAAUGGUGAUUUGGUAAUAGAUAAUGGAGUAUGUGAGACGGCGAUGGGUGUUACGAUGAAUGGUGCAAUAUUGGUACGGCCGGAUGGGUUUAUUGCCUGGAGAGCUAGGAGACGGGGAUCUGCUUUGGAGAAUGAGCGGGUUCAGCUUGAGGUGGUGAUGAGGAGGGUGUUGUGUUUAGCGUGAUUGGAUUUGGUUGG